CCGCGGGCAGGUGCGGGGCCGUCCCCGCCCCCCACACCUGGGGGAGGUACCGGGGGGGCUCGGGGGGGGCGGAGCCGCCGCCGCCGCUUCCCGGCCCCGGGAAUGGCUUCUUCUUCCCGGGAGCGCCUCUGCGAGCUCUGGAUGCUCUACUUCGCCAAGAAGGACCUGUCCUACCUGCAGCAGUGGCUGGAGGCCUUCGUCACCAGCUUCGAGAGGGUCAUCGCCCUGCCCUCGCUGGAGCCCCGCAGGCCCGAGGAGCCGGGCUCCGAGAUCCCGGCGCUGCCGCGGGAGGUGCUGCAGGUGCUGAGCCAGAGGCUGGGACACAGCGUGGCCCUGGGGACGCGCGACGGGGACAGGGGGACGGGGCUGGGCCAGGCCCUGCUGCUCCUCAAGUUCUUCAUCAUCAUCUGCAGGAACCUGGAGAACAUCCAGCCCGACAGGAGCCCCGGCUGCCUCCCGCACGUGCUGCGGCUGCUGCGGCUCUGCGGGAGCCAGCUGCGGAGCAUCCCGGGGGACGAGCGGAGCCAGGCACAGCUGGAAAAUGGGGCACAGCUGGAAAAGGGGACACGGCUGGAAAAUGGGACACAGCUGGAGAGCCGGGAGAACGGGGCACAGCUGGAAAAUGGGGCACAGCUGGAAAAGGGGACACGGCUGGAAAAUGGGACACAGCUGGAGAGCCGGGCACAGCUGGAAAACCGGACCCAGCUGGAAAACGGGAUGCUCCACGCCCUGCACCUCUGCGAGUGCUUCCUCGACCCCUACCAGACCUGGCGGCGGCAGCUGAGCGGGGAAUCCAUCAGCGCCAAGGAGAAGAGCAAAUACAAGUUCGCCCCCGCCCCGCUGCCCCCCGAGUUCGGUGCCUUUUUCCAAGAGAGUUUCCAAGGCGGGAGGCAGCUCCCAGAAAUGAUCCAGCUCCGGAUUAUCCAUCUUUUCGGAGCCAUCCUCUCCGGAUCCAAGCCCAAUGCGCUGCAGGCCAUCACCCCCGCGGCGCUGGAGGUGCUCCUGGGGGUUCUGCGGCGGGCUGGCAGCGGGGUGUCCCCGUCCCCCGCGCUGCUGGAGGUGACGCUGCGCUCCGUGGUGGCCGCGGUGCACGUCCUGCACGGCUCCAGCCCCGGCGCCGGCCCCGUGUCCCUGCGGAGCCUCCUGGAUGGAUUCUUCAGGGUGCUCAACUCCGACCUGCCCGCGGCCUCCCUGGCGCCCGAGGCGGCCGGCGGCCUCAUCGCCCUGCGGGUGCUCAUGUUGGAUGCCAUCCCGGCCAUGCUGAGCUGCCAGGACCGGCCGGUGCUCCAGGCCGUGUUCCUCAGCAACAACUGCUUCGAGCACAUCAUCCGCCUGCUCCAGAACAGCAAGCUCUACCUCGGCAGCUCGCGGGAGGCGGGUGAAGCUCGGGACGAGGUUCCCACGCGGAACGGGGAUGGACUCCAGCAGGACAGUGCCAGCAGCUCCGACGCCAUCGCCGUCCACGCCCUCGGGGUGCUCACGGCCAUCAUGAGCAACUCACCCUCAGCCAAGGAGGUGUUCAAGGAGCGCAUCGGCUACGCCCACCUCUACGAGGUGCUGAGGAGCCAGGGCCAGCCCACCCAGCGUCUGCUCCAGGAGCUCCUCAACAUGGCGGUGGAGGGUGACCACAGCUCCUUCCCAGUGCGUCCCAUCCGCAACGAGCAGCCCCUGCUCAUCCUGCUGGCCUGGCUGCCGGCGCUGGAAUGCCGGGAUCUCCAGGUGUUCCUGUCAGCGUGGCUGCGGCGGCUCUGCGAGGCCUCCCUGCCCAGCCGCCUCACCUGCGUCAAGGCGGGCAUGGUGGGCUCCCUGCUGGGCGCCCUGGCCACCGAGCCAGCCCUUCCCAGCAUCUGCUCCCAAAACCUGCUGGAGCUGCUGCGCUCCUUGGGCAGCCUGUCCAUCCGGCCCGGGGAGCUGCGGCAGCUCCUGCGGCUGCUGCGGCGCGAGCGGGGCCGGGGGCCGCAUCCCUACGUGGCUCCGGUCAUCCGGGCGCUGUCGGGCAUGGCCAGGGGCGAGGGGCCUCCCCGGGCACUGCAGAGCUUCGACCUGAGCCCCGGCAUGGCCGGGAUCAUGGUGCCCACCAUCCAGAAGUGGCCCGGCGGUGCCUUCGCCUUCCACGCCUGGCUGUGCCUGAGCGAGGAGGAGCCGGAGCCGCCGGCGAGGCCGAAGAGGAGGCAGCUCUACAGCUUCUUCACGGCGGGCGGGACGGGCUUUGAGGCGUUCUUCACCGCGGGCGGCGUGCUGGUGGUGGCCGUGUGCACCAAGAAGGACUACAUGACAGUGGCACUGCCCGAGUUUGCCUUCAACGACUCUGCUUGGCACUGCGUUGACGUCGUCCACGUUGCCGGCCGCCGGCCCUUCGGCCAGAACAUCGUCAGCAUCUACGCCGACGGACACCUGCGGAAAACGGCGCAGCUCCGCUUCCCCUCCCUCCACGAGUCCUUCACCUCCUGCUGCAUCGGCUCUGCGGGCCACCGGACCACCACGACGGCCGCCACCACUGCCAGCCACCCGCCGGCACCCCAUGGUCCGGAGCUGGUCUUCACCUCACACCCUGUACUGGGACGCUCCCAGUCUGUCCCUGCCACCCUUGGUCCCCACUCUUGGACCCCCACCCAGCUGCCCACGGAAGGGGUGGUGGCCACCACGGCAGCCGGCAGCCAGGACACGGAGUGGGGCAGCCCCACCUCGCUGGAGGGUCACCUGGGCUCCGUGGCCAUCUUCUGCGAGGCUCUGCAGCAAGCCCAGGUCAAGGCUCUCUUCUGUGCAGGACCAAAUGUCACAUCCCCGUUCACACUGGAAGGGGACUUGGUGGAGCUCGGCAGUAAACUCUUGCUGUACUACACCCCCCAGGCCUGCAGGAAUAACAUCUGCUUGGACCUCUCCCCCAGCCACAGCUUGGAUGGGAGGCUGACAGGACACAAGGUGGUCAACUGGGACAUCAAGGACGUGGUCAACUGCGUGGGUGGGAUGGGGGUGCUCCUGCCCCUGCUCGAGCAAGUGGUGUCCAAGACGGAGGAGCCCGAGGAUGAGCAGGAGACCAACGACCUGGUGGGGCCAGAGCUGACGUCCUCCAGGAACGCCCAGGGCAUGCUCAUCCCACUGGGAAAGUCCUCAGAGAGCAGGCUGGAGAGGAACAGCGUGGCCGCCUUCCUGCUGCUGGUGAAGAACUUCCUGCGGAACCACGCCGUGAACCAGGAGAGCCUGGUGCAGUGCCACGGGCCGGCCAUCAUCGGAGCACUGCUGCACAAGGUCCCCGGCACACUACUGGACAUGAGCACCUUGGUGGCCUCGCAGAUCCUCAUGGAGCAGGUGGCUUCCGAGGGCAGCGGGCUCCUGCUGCACCUCCUCUACCAGCACCUCCUCUUCGACUUCCGCAUCUGGAGCAACAGCGACUUCGCCGUGCGCUUAGGUCACAUCCAGUACCUGGCCAGCGUGGUCAAGGACCACAAGCAGCGCAUCCGCAAGAAGUACGGGGUGCAGUUCAUCCUGGACUCCAUCCGGACCUACUACGGGGAGAAGACCGCGGCCACCGACGACAUCAGGACGGUGCAGACGUCCCUUUUCAGCCUGGUGAAGGAUUUCUUCUGCAGGAGCUUCUCCGGGGAGGAGAUGCAGAGCUUGCUGAACUACCUGGCAGGGGCACAGGACGAGCAGCAGGUCUGUGGGGCGCUGGAGGUGAUCCACAGCCUGCUGAAGGGCCCCCCAGCCCAGGAGCAGCUCUUCGCCUUCCUCUUCGAGCCGGGCCAUGUAGAGCUGCUCUUCUCCCUGCUGGUGCAGAAGAGGUUCUCGGAUGAAGUGAGGGAAAGGGUCUUCAAGGUCCUCUACAAGAUGCUGAAGUACGAGAAGGUCCCCGAGCGCAGCAAGAGCCGCCUGAAGCUGAAGGACAUCGGGUACCACGGGCUCAUCUCCUACCUCAGCGACAUUCCCGGCUCCAUGCUGCUCUUCCGCUGCCUCUCGGAGCAGGUCCUGGGGGCAGACCCUCCCAACUACAAGGACCUGGUGGCCGUGGUGUACCUGUCCCACCGGGCUGAGCUGAGCAUCCGACUCGACAUCUGCCGCAAGCUCUUCCACCUGAUCUAUGCACAGCAGGACCUGGUGAAGCAGCUGGCCAGGUUGGCCGGCUGGCAGGACACGCUCACCAAGCUCUACGUGAAGGAGCCUCGGACCAGGAGCUCUCCGAGGGCUUCUCCGACCACUCCAUCUCCCCGAGCGGCUGCACCAAGUCCUUCCACUCCUACAACUUCAAGUCCUUCGACUCCUCGGACCGGGCCAGCCGCUCAUCCUCCAACCCCGGGGACGGUCCCCCUCGACGGCGUCUACCACCCGCUGUCCCCCUUCUCCACCUCGCCCUUCGACCUGGGGCUGGACCUGGCCAGCACCAGCUCCAUGGCCACGGCCGAGAGCGGCACCCAGACCCCGGCCAGCGGCCCCGGCACCCCCUCGCCCCUGGAGAGCUUCAAGCCCUUCCCGGGAAUGCGAGCGCGCAAGAGCUCCAGCCUGUCCAACGUCCUGGAUGAGAGCAGCUACCAGGACGUGCUGCCCAGCGACAACGUCUCCAACACCAGCAACCCCCAGCAAACCCCCGAGGAGGAGCUGUGCAACCUGCUGACCAACAUCAUCUUCUCGGUGACGUGGCGCGGGGUGGAGGGCUGCGACGACGCGGCCUGGAGGGAGCGCGGCCAGGUCUUCUCCGUGCUCACCAAGCUGGGCACGGCCUGCGAGCUGGUGCGGCCCCCGGACGAGAUCAAGCGCAGCCUGCUGGAGAUGAUGCUGGAGUCGGCGCUGACCGACCUGAAGGAGUCGGGCCCGGCCGCGCUGCCCGGGCUCACCCACAACGCCCUGAAGCUGCUGCGGCUGCUCCAGGAUUUCCUCUUCUCCGAGGGACACAACAACCAGGCCCUGUGGAGCGAGAAGAUCUACGAGGGGGUCAGCAGCCUGCUGGACAAGCUGGGCGUGUGGCACCACCUGGCCAACGGCGCCUCCGACCUCAAGGAGAUGGCGCAGACGGGGCUGCGGCUGCUCGUGGGGUACAUCCUGCUGCAGGACCCCCAGCUGCACUCGCUGGCCUACGUGAAGCUGCACAGCCUCCUGCAGACCACGUCGGCCCCGCGGAGGGACGAGGCCUGUUACCUGCUGGGGAAGCUGGAGACGCCCCUGCGGCGCUCCCUGGAUUCCCGGUCGGAGACCUUCUCCUGGCUGGUGCCCAUCAUCCGCACGCUGAUGGAUCAGUGCUACGAGACCCUGCAGCUGCAGCAGUUCCUGCCCUCGCUGCCCCCCACCAAUGGCAGCCCCACCUUCUACGAGGAUUUCCAGCUCUUCUGCACCACCCCAGAGUGGAGGGGCUUCAUCGAGAAGCACGUGCAGCCCACCAUGGCCCAGUUUGAGAUGGACACGUUUGCCAGGAGCCACGACCUGAUGUCCAAUUUCUGGAAUGCCUGCUACGAUGCCAUGAUGAGCAGCUCCCAGCGCAGGGAGCAGGAGAAGGCGGCCAGCCGCAAGUUGUUCCAGGAGCUGGUGCUGGAGCCGGCGGCGAAGCGCUGCAAGGCGGAGAACGCCCGGCACGCCAACGUCCUCAAGCAGAUCAACAACCACCACAGCACCGUGCUCAAGCAGUGGCGGUCCCUGUGCCGCCUGCUCACCUCGCCCCGCUCCGCCUGGGCCGACCGGAACCCACCGGAGGUUCGCUGGAAGCUGUCAAGUGCCGAGACCUACUCCCGGAUGAGGCUGAAGCUGGUGCCCAACCUCAAUUUCGACCAACACUUGGAGGCCAGCGCCCUACGGGACAACCUGGGAGCUGACCACCUCCAGAACCCCGCCGAGUCCCUCCCGCUCGCCAUGGCCAAGGAGGCCAAGGUGAGCGAGCUGGAGGAUGACCAGCUGGCCGAGGAGGACCUCCCUGUCCUGGACAACCAGGCUGAGCCCAAGGAGCAGAACCAGCGGGAGAAGCUGGUGGUGUCGGAGGACUGCGAGCUCAUCACGACGGUGGCCGUGGUCCCCGGGCGCCUGGAGGUGACAACCCAGCACGUUUAUUUCUACGACGGCAGCAGCGAGAAGGAGGAGACGGAGGGAGGGAUCGGCUACGACUUCAAGCGCCCCUUGUCCCACCUGCGCGAGGUUCACCUGCGCCGCUACAACCUGCGCCGCUCCGCCCUCGAGCUCUUCUUCAUCGACCAGGCCAACUACUUCCUCAACUUCAGAAAGAAGGUGGGGACCCUCCAUCCCCUCCCAGGGCCACGGCUCUGCCCGAGCUCCAACAGCUCCACGUCCUGCUGUCCCCUCCAGGUGAGGAACAAGGUGUAUUCCUGCAUCCUUGGCCUGCGGCCCCCCAACCAGACCUACUUCGGCAGCCGGUCCCCCCAGGAGCUGCUGAAAGCCUCGGGGCUCACACAGAAAUGGGUCCUGCGGGAGAUCUCCAACUUCGAGUACCUCAUGCAGCUGAACACCAUCGCGGGGCGCACCUACAACGACCUGUCCCAGUACCCCGUGUUCCCCUGGAUCCUGCGGGAUUACGUCUCGGAGACCCUGGACCUCACCAACCCGGCCGUGUUCCGGGACCUGUCCAAGCCCAUCGGGGUGGCCAACGAGCGGCACGCCCGCGACGUCAAGGAGAAGUACGAGAGCUUCGAGGACCCCACGGGCACGGUGGACAAGUUCCACUACGGCACUCACUACUCCAACGCCGCCGGCGUCAUGCACUACCUGAUCCGCACCGAGCCCUUCACCACCCUGCACAUCCAGCUGCAAAGCGGCAGGUUUGACUGCUCGGACCGGCAGUUCCACUCGGUGCCGGCGGCAUGGCAAGCCCGCAUGGAGAACCCGGUGGAUGUCAAGGAGCUCAUCCCGGAGUUCUUCUACUUCCCGGAGUUCCUGGAGAACCAGAAUGGCUUUGACCUGGGCUGCCUCCAGCUCUCCAAUGAGAAGGUGGGGGACGUGGUGCUGCCGCGGUGGGCACGGUCUCGCGAGGACUUCAUCCAGCAGCACCGCAAAGCUCUGGAGUCGGAAUAUGUCUCCGCCCACCUCCACGAGUGGAUCGACCUCAUUUUUGGGUACAAGCAGCGCGGCCCGGCCGCCGUGGAGGCCCUCAACGUCUUCUACUACUGCACCUACGAGGGGGCCGUGGACCUGGACGCCAUCACCGACGAGACGCAGCGCAAGGCCCUGGAGGGCAUCAUCAGCAACUUCGGGCAGACGCCCUGCCAGCUGCUCAAGGAGCCGCACCCCGCCCGGCUGUCGGCAGAGAGCGCCGCCCGCAGACUGGCCACCCUCGACACCCGCUCCCCCAACGUCUUCGAGAACCUGGGCCAGCUCAAGUCCUUCUUCGUGGAGGGCAUCAGCGAUGGGGUGGCCCUGGUGCAGGCCGUGGUCCCCAAGAACCAGGCGCAUUCCUUCAUCACUCAGGGAUCCCCCGACAUCCUGGUCACCGUGAGUGCCAACGGCUUGCUGGGGACCCAUAACUGGCUGCCCUACGACAAGAACAUCUCCAACUACUUCAGCUUCACCAAAGACCCCACUGUCACCAACGCCAAGACCCAGCGCUUCCUGCAGGGCCCCUUUGCCCCCGGGGCCGACCUGAGCUCCCGCACGCUGGCCGUGUCCCCCGACGGCAAGCUGCUCUUCAGCGGGGGACACUGGGACAACAGCCUCCGUGUCACCUCGCUGGCCAAAGGCAAGGUCGUGGGACACAUCACCCGGCACAUAGAUGUUGUCACCUGCCUGUCACUUGACCUGUGUGGCAUCUACCUCAUUUCUGGCUCACGGGAUACCACCUGCAUGGUGUGGCAGGUCCUACAGCAGGGUGGCUUUUCCAGCGGCUUGGCUCCCAAACCCGUGCAGGUGCUGUACGGCCAUGACGCCGAGGUGACGUGUGUGGCCAUCAGCACCGAGCUGGACAUGGCCGUGUCCGGCUCCAAGGACGGCACCAUCAUCACCCACACCGUGCGCCGGGGGCUCUUCAUCCGCUCCCUGCGGCCGCCCGGCGAGAGCUGUCCCCCCGCCGUGCUGUCCCACCUGGCCGUGGGGCACGAGGGGCAGGUGGUGGCCCAAACCGCCGUGGGACAGCCCUCCUGCUCCAAGGAGAGGUUCGCGCUGCACCUGUACUCGGUGAACGGGAAGCUCCUGUCCUCCGUCCCGCUGGACCGGGAGGUGACAGCCAUGUGCCUGACCGACGACUUCGUGGUGCUGGGGACCUCGGAGUGUGGGCUGGAGAUCCGUGAGCUCCAGAGCCUCAGGGCGGCCGUGCCCCCCGUGCCCAUGCGGGUGCCCGUGCACAGCGUGUCUGUCACCAAGGAGAAGAGCCACAUCCUGGUGGGGCUGGAGGAUGGAAAACUCAUCGUGGUGGGUGCCGGGCAGCCCACGGAGGUGCGGCCGGGCCAGUUCCACCGGCGGCUGUGGCGUUCCACGCGGCGCAUCUCCCAGGUGUCGGCCGGAGAGACGGAAUACAACCCCUCCGAGGGCAGGGCCUAGGCUGGCACCCACCACCACCCACCCAGCCCCGGGGGCCCCGUGCCCCCCACACGGACUGGGGACCCCCGGGCGCCGAGGGGGGCCUGGAGAGCCCCGCCCCGCCCGACAUCCGUGGCCUUAUCCAGCCCCGCUGGGGUGUCC